AUGAAACGAACAGUGACGUCGAUAUUUCGCGUCAACUGUGAUGCGAGACCUAGCUUGGACCUUUCCAGAAUGUCGGCGUUUACACGGUUCAUAGCAGCCACAUCCUCCACCUUCCCACGACAAUGUCUGACCGGAGGGGUGCUCUUCGCUACCGGUGAUACGAUCGCGCAACAAUUCGUAGAGAAACGUCGUUCGAACCACGACAUCCCGCGUACAGUCCGUCUCGCUCUGUACGGAGGGUGUGUCUUUUCCCCUCUCGCAUCCAUAUGGUUCGGUCGAGUUCUCGAACGCGUUCGCUUCACCUCAAAACCCCUCAACAUCGCUACCAAAGUCGCCCUUGAUCAGGGCAUCGCCUCGCCCGCCUUCAUCGCCAUGUUCUUCUCCAUCACAACCCUCAUGGCUGGAGGAACGGUGGAGGAUGCCAAGAAGAAGGUGCAGGAUAACUGGUGGCCAACACUCAAGACAGCGUGGGGGUUGUGGGUGCCGGUGCAGACAUUGAACAUGGCAGUGGUACCCGUGCAGAGCAGGUUGCUGUUUGUAAAUGUGGUGAGCAUCGCUUGGAAUACGUUUUUGAGUAUCAAGGGUGCCGGAAGUGGAGGGGACAAGGUCAAGGGAAAGCUGAAUGAGGCCGUCGAGCUGGUUGAAGCGAAGGUCGAUAAGUUGCACUAA